AGCCCUUCCCCUUCCGCCAUGUCAGUCACUCCUUGAGAGAGGAAACGCAGCAGUAUCCGACGGCCGGUAGAGAGCCUUUUCUGCGCGGCUCUAAUCCUCGGAGAGCAUGUCCGGCUCUUCCCCCACCUCCGCCAUCAUGUCAAGGGAGAGGUUUCCAGCCGCGCCUAAAAGGAGCUCUGACAAAGCCAACAGCUUAAACGAACUCCCAACAACCACCCCAUGCAAGACCCCCAUUCAGCUGCUACAUGAAUUUGGCAUCAAGACCGGCAGCCCCGCUGUGUACACAUUAGAAAAAGCCGAAGGACAAGCCCAUAACACAAGCUUCACAUUCUGUGUUACCAUAGGAGAGAUAUCAUGCAUAGGCGAGGGGCCAAGCAAGAAAGUAGCGAAACAUAAAGCUGCAGAGUCAGCUUUGAACAUAUUAAGAGGAGAUGCCAACUUGAACUUGCCCAUGACAGAACCCAUCACAAAAGAUGCAUCCAAACAACCAACCAAUCAGGUUCAAGGCAACCCAGUUGGUUCCUUACAGGAGCUUGCUGUACUGAAAGGAUGGCGAUUACCUGAGUAUUUUGUGUCUCAAGAAUCAGGACCACCUCAUAAGAGAGAGUUUACCUUGUCCUGUCGUGUAGAAAGUUUUGUAGAAACCGGUUCUGGCACAUCAAAAAAGGUGGCAAAGAAGAUAGCUGCGGAGAAGUUGCUUGCCAAACUAAAAAGCAUUCCAGCUGAUAAUAUCAAUAUCUCUUUAAAAAAGUCUCUUGGUAAUAAUCUUGGAUGUACCUGGGACUCCCUGAAAAAUUCAUCUGGUGAGAAAAUAAACCUGCUGAAAAGAAGUCCGCUAAGUAUUCCCAACACAGACUAUGUGAAGAUGCUAAUAGAGGUGGCAGAAGAGCAAGAUUUUAGAGUUUCCUUCAUGGAUAUAGAGGAAUUGAGUGUCAAUGGGCAGUACCAGUGUCUGGCUGAACUGUCCACCAAUCCAGUCACUGUCUGCCAUGGAACUGGGCUUUCAUGUGGUAAUGCCCACAACGAUGCUGCCCACAAUGCACUGCAAUACUUAAAAAUCAUGGCGGGAAGAAAAUGAAAUGGAAGGAAAAAAUGAAGACUGAAAUAAUGUUUGCCUCCUACUUCUCUUUAACCCUUUACCUGUCCAUUUACUCAAGAGUCGAUGAAAUGGUCGUAAUAUAAAAAAAAAAUGUUACAUUUCACUGUUCUGGAUCACUCCAUCCCAAGUAUUAAAUGUCAUCAUGUUAUACUUUCAGUUUAAAACCCAGACUAUGUGGUAUGAAUUUUGGAUUUGUUUUAAUGUAAUUAAAUUGGAGAAACCAGA